CCCUUUUUAUGACAGUUCUCCUGGCUACAGCAACAGUAGUGCUUCUGGGUAUAUACUCUCAACAGUUGUUGUGGCUACCGACCAAAAGAUACUACUCCACUCCAUGGGUACCAAAGAGUUCUCUGCAAAUGUCGGAAGCCACUGUCUCGGUUACCGCAUCUCCUACAAUGUCCGAACGGAUGAGAACUGGCUUGUUUAGCGGUAACAAGUCGAGCGAACCAAACGUCCCCAGUACAUUGAACAAGAAUAGGGAGAAAGAAAUUCAGCACGUAGUGUUUGUUAAAGUUCACAAGGCAGCAAGUACAACCAUGCACAACAUUUUAAUGCGUUAUGCAAUCAAACAUGAGCUAAAUGUGCUGCUACCAAAAGCGGGCUUACAUAUCAAUCAAAAUGGCCAUCAAAUUCCGGAUGAUAAUUUAUCUCCCAUUCCAGCUGGGUCGAAGUAUGACAUUUUAAGCAAUCAUCUUAUCUUUGAUCACGACGAGGUUUCGUCAUUCUUUCCAGCAGAUACUUUUUAUGUUGGAAUCAUUCGGGAACCAUUUAGUCAAUUCUUAUCGGCAUUCGUUUAUUAUAGUCAAAUCUGGAGACACCAAAAUCUGCUCAAUGUCAUUAAGGAUUACCCUGACAAUCCGAUUGAGGCUUUUAUUCAGUAUAGUGGGCGAUACAUAGGUGAUACUAAGCCCAACACUGUGUAUGUCAACAAUCGAAUGAGUGUGGAUUUUGGAUUUCCACUUGAGAAUUUCGAGGCAUCCAAACGGAACCACACAAAAAUUGAAUCUUUUCUUCAGCAAAUAGACGCCAUUUUUGAUGUAGUCCUUAUUGCAGAGAUGUUCGAUGAGUCUCUUGUGUUGCUUCGCCGUAUGCUCGGUUGGACAACGAAAGAUAUUAUUUAUAUGGAUAAAAAUGUUUUCUCAGGUCAGCAUGCUAAACCUUCCUGGAUUCAAAAGCGUGACUACUCUGCUCAUAUAAAACAUUUGUUUGAAAACUACGCGGCAAUUGACAUCGCUCUCUAUGACUAUUUUCUGAAUAGAUUCGAACAAAAGCUCGAUCAGCAACCAAAAGACUUCUACGCUGAAGUAGAAGCCUUUAAGAAAUUAAAGCUCAAAAUAACGUCAUACUGUACGAUCAUGGACAAUAGAACUCACCCCUUCGAGUCUCUUCACUUUCCAGCUUCAGAACAGUUGAACGAAUUUACCUUGACGCCAAGUGACUGUGUUCUGAUGAAGUUAGAAGAACGCCAGAUAACUAUGAAAACUCGGCAGGUUCAGGAAGAACGAUUUUUAAAAAUGGGCAAACCUCGUCAGAAAUUCUGGAAUAGACCAAUGCAGCCAAGGUGAUAGAUGAUAUACAGGUGUUCGUGCCUGUUCUAGAGUGUAUAAGUGACUGAGUAAGAGAGACAGGCAGAGAGACAGAGAGG